AUGGAGCGAGCGGCGCCGUCGGCCUUCGAGGCGGCCCUUGCGGAUUUGCUGCUGGCGGAGCUGCGGCGGCAGGGGGUGCCGCGCGUUGCCGAAGUUGUCUGCGCCGUUAUGCGGCGCGUGCGUGUCGGGGGCGGCGGCGGGCAGGAGGGGGAGGAAGGGGCGGCGGAGUUGCUGCUGGGCGGGGCGGGGCUCGGCGACAAGGGGGCGAUUGCGGUGGCGGAGGCCCUGCUGAAGCUCAGUCGCUCGCCCCUGGCGAAGGCCCGCGGCGCGCGGCGCUGGAAGCUUUUGCUCAACGACGACGGCCUGACGGACAGGUCGGCGGCGCACGUCGCGCUGCUUGCGGCUCGCUGCGCACCUCCCCUGGUGCUGCUGGACGUGCGCGGCAACGCGAUGACGCCGGCGGCUUUGCAGCGCAUAGAGGAGGCCCACGCCUCGUCCCCCGCCCCCUGCGUUCUUCGGCUGCCCUGCUUGGCGGGUCGCGGGGCGGGGUCGCGCGCGGGGAGCGUCUCCUCGGCCUCCGCGUCGGGGCGGCGUGGCGGGGUGGACGCGGAGGCGCUGCAGAGGCGCCGCUCCGCGCUCUUUUCGGGAGGCGGCCGCGCGAGCGAGUCUGCGCCCUCCGCCGCGUCGGGGGAAGGGCCGGGCCGCCCGCCCAGCCGCUCGGGCGGGGGCGCGGCGGCGGUCGAACUUGCGGCGCCGCACCCCGCCACGCCGGGAGGGAGGGAGCGGGCGGCGCGGGAGGAGGAAGAGGAGGUCCGUUUUCGCGGCGCGGACGGCGGGGAGCCCCUCGACGUGGCGGCGAACCUCAGCCCCCUCCUGCGUGUUGUGUUGGAUCUCUCCAACGCGGUGCCCACCGGCCGUUUGCGUGCGCUUUACGGCUGCGACGACAUCUGGGACGUUGUGGCCUCGUCGGGCGAGGCGGCGCCGAAAGCGGUUCCGUCCGCCCGCCCAGCCGCUCGCCCGGGGUGGCGCCGGCGGGUUCUUUUUCUUUUUGGUGGAAGAAAAAAAAAAGGAAGACAAAAGUCAGAAAAGAAGGAAGCACGAUUUAUUCUUUCUCCAUCGCCUGCGCUGUCUCGCGCGAAGCGGCCCCCCCAGCCAAAAGGGGCGGUUUCCGAAACGAGAUCGGCCCACCAUCUAUUAAAACAUUAG